AUGGUCGAACAGCCCACCCAGGACCAGGCGCAGCCUGAAAGUCAAGGAGACCACCAAGCACAUCCUCAUAUAGAACUACCUCCCUCUGAUUCCUCACACGAGCAUUCCUCUGCACCGUUGGUCAAUAGCAAUGGCUGGGAUGGAAAACUGCGUAUGCCUUCACGCCAUGCAGUCCUCAGCAAUCCAGAGGCUCUCUCCGAUCCUGAGUACUCCGACCCCGAUGCCCCUCCCACCGACCAGAUAGACGCAGAUGAAGACCUCCUAGAUGACUACCCCCAAGACUCUGAAGAUGUUGACCUCGUUCACUGCCGCAUCUCCUCCAUCCCUGCUCUCAAACUUGAGCGUUUCUCGCAACUCAAGAGACUAUGUCUACGCCAAAAUGCCAUCACAACUAUCUCUCUGCCUGAGAACUUUGGCGAGACGUUAGAAGAGCUGGAUCUCUAUGACAACUUGAUAUCCCACGUCAAGGGCCUGGAUGCGUUGAAGAAUCUAACAAGCCUGGACCUAAGUUUCAACAAGAUCAAGCACAUCAAGAAUCUGAACCAUUUGACUAAAUUGACACAAGCGUUUUUCGUGCAGAACCGAAUAUCCAAGAUCGAGAAUCUUGACGGGCUGGAGAAUCUGACCAUGAUCGAGCUGGGUGCGAACAGAAUUCGAGAGAUUGAGAAUCUGGAACCUCUGAAGAACCUCCAGGAAUUGUGGCUGGGCAAGAACAAGAUCACCGAGAUCAAAAACCUGUCUCCCCUGACGAACCUGCGCCUGCUGGACAUCAAGUCAAAUCGCCUCACUUCCAUUUCCGGUCUUGAAGAGCUCUCGAACCUGGAAGAAUUGUAUGUCUCGCACAACGGCAUCACCGAGAUCACUCCAUCAGCCCUGGCCAACAACAAGAAACUACGGGUGCUGGAUAUCUCGAGCAACCAGAUAUCCCAUCUAGAGAAUAUUGGUCACCUCAAAGAGCUUGAAGAGUUGUGGGCCAGCAGCAAUAAGCUUGCCGACUUUAGAGAGGUCGAACGAGAACUGGCAGACAAGGCAAACCUAGAGACAGUGUAUCUCGAGAUGAACCCUCUACAGCUCUCGGGUCCUGCCGUGUACAGGAACAAGGUGCGACUGGCUCUGCCACAGGUCAAACAAAUCGACGCCAGUAAGUAUAAAACUCUAUGCACAAACUUCAAUAUGUACGAGAGAGCAUUGCUGAUGGUAUAA